GCCUAGGAAACCUUCCACAGCCCACCAUUCCCAAAAUUCGUAUCCUAUUCAACACUCUCAACUAUUAUAUACACGCCAUAUUCCCAAGUUUUGUAGUUUACAAUAUUGUAUUUACACGUUCGUAUCCUAUACGGAGUAUAUAUCAGAUAUCUACAAUCUGCAGUUAUAUAUAUAUAUAUGCAUACAAUCUACUUUGAUCAUGCCCAAAGUUCCAGUUUCAGUUAUUAGCAUUGGGUUCUGAUCAAAACCCUAAUUGUCUGCUUCAAAAUUCGAUUUUUAUUGUUUGCCUGAUUAUUUGAAUUCGAUUGCCGUGAUUGUUGACCCAUGGCGACUCAGAAACAGCAGAGGACGCCGGAGGAGAUCGAGGAUAUAAUCAUCCGGAAAAUCUUCCUCGUGUCUUUGAUCGAUUCGAUGGAGAAUGAUUCUAGGUUUGUGUAUUUGGAAAUGACAGCGGCUGAGGUGCUCAGCGAGGGGAAGGAUUUGAGGUUGUCUAGGGAUUUGAUGGAGAGAGUCCUGAUAGAUCGACUUUCUGGGAACUUCGCUGCCGCCGAGCCGCCAUUCCAGUAUUUAGUCAAUUGCUACCGUCGAGCGCACGAGGAGGGGAAGAAGAUUGCUAAUAUGAAAGAUAAGAGCGUGAGAUCUGAGAUGGAAUUGGUGGUGAAACAAGCAAAGAAGUUGGCGGUUUCCUACUGUAUAAUACAUUUAGGGAACCCUGAUAUGUUUCCAAAUUGGGAAACCAACACGUCCAAUGUUUCUCCUUUGCUGCCUUUGAUAUUCUCCGAGGUUUCUCUUGCAGUGGAUGGGUUUGGGGGCAGUAGUAGUAGUGGUGGAGUGACUUGUCCACCAGGGCUUCUUGAUGAUUUCUUUAAAGAUGGGGAUUUUGAUAGUCUAGACCCGAUUUUGAAACAGUUGUAUGAGGAUUUGAGAGGAAGUGUGCUAAAGGUAUCAGCUUUGGGGAAUUUUCAGCAGCCACUCAGAGCUUUGUUGCUAUUAGUUAAGUAUCCAGUAGGGGCAAAAUCUCUGGUGAAUCAUCCUUGGUGGAUACCAAAGAAUAUGUACAUGAAUGGGAGGGUUAUUGAGAUGACCAGCAUUUUGGGCCCUUUCUUUCAUGUCAGUGCUAUACCUGAUAAUACAUUAUUCAAAAGUCAGCCUGACGUUGGCCAGCAGUGCUUCUCAGAUGCUUCAACACGUCGUCCAGCUGAUCUAUUGUCUUCCUUCACAACAAUCAAAACUGUCAUGAACAACUUAUACGAUGGCUUGACGGAAGUGCUCAAGUGUCUUCUUAAGAAUACAAACACCCGCGAAAAUGUUCUCGAAUAUCUUGCGCAGGUGAUCAACAAAAAUGCAUCGAGGGCUCAUAUUCAGGUUGAUCCAUUAUCCUGUGCUAGUUCAGGCAUGUUUGUCAAUCUCAGUGCUGUUAUGCUUCGGCUUUGUGAACCAUUUUUAGAUCACAAUUUGUCAAAAAGGGAUAAGAUUGAUUCCAGCUAUGUGUUCUAUAGUAAACGUUUGGAAUUGAGGGAUUUAACUGCUAUGAAUGCAUCAUCUGAAGAAGUCUCUGAAUGGAUAAGUGGAAAUAAUCCUGGGAAAGCAGAUGCCUGUAAAGAUAGUAGUGGUGGAGAACUCAGGUUGUUAGAAUCUCAGGAAGCCACAAGCUCUGGCAAUAAUACUGGGGGAUCUUCUAUCCUACAUGACAACAAACCAAAAUCCAAUUGCACUGAAAAAGAUAAAUACUCAUUCAUUUGUGAAUGCUUCUUCAUGACAGCAAGGGUCCUUAAUCUAGGCCUGUUAAAAGCAUUUUCUGACUUUAAGCAUCUUGUUCAGGACAUUUCAAGGUGUGAAGAUAGUUUGUCUACUUUUAGAACCAUGUCAGAACAGGGACAAGUUCCACAAUCUCAGAACGAUAUAGCACGCCUUGAGAAAGUGCUUGAGUUGUAUAAUCAGGAGAAGCUAUGCUAUGAAGCUCAGAUACUUAGGGAUGGAGGGCUUCUUCAACGAGCAUUGUCCUUCUAUAGGCUAAUGAUCGUUUGGUUGGUUGACCUUGUUGGUGGUUUCCGGAUGCCUCUACCAUCAACUUGCCCUAUGGAAUUUGCGUCCAUGCCUGAGCACUUUGUGGAAGAUGCCAUGGAGUUGCUUAUUUUCGCUUCUAGAAUACCUAGAGCUUUGGAUGGUAUAUUAUUGGAUGAUUUCAUGAACUUUAUUAUCAUGUUCAUGGGAAGUCCACAGUAUAUUAGAAACCCAUAUUUAAGAGCGAAGAUGGUUGAAGUCCUUAACUGUUGGAUGCCUCGUAGAAGUGGCUCAUCUGCAACUACAACAUUGUUUGAGGGGCACCAACUUUCCCUGGAGUAUCUUGUGAGGAAUCUCUUGAAGCUUUAUGUUGAUAUCGAAUUCACAGGUUCCCACACUCAGUUCUAUGACAAGUUCAAUAUCCGUCACAACAUUGCCGAACUUCUUGAAUACCUAUGGCAGGUUCCAAGCCAUCGCAAUGCGUGGAGACAGAUUGCUAAAGAGGAGGAGAAGGGUGUCUAUUUGAAUUUCUUGAACUUCUUAAUCAAUGAUAGCAUUUAUCUUCUUGAUGAAAGUCUCAACAAAAUUCUUGAACUCAAAGAACUGGAAGCUGAGAUGUCUAAUAGAGUGGAGUGGGAGCAAAGACCAGCUCAAGAGAGGCAGGAGAGGACUCGACUUUUCCACUCUCAGGAGAAUAUCAUUCGAAUUGAUAUGAAGCUGGCAAAUGAAGAUGUGAGCAUGCUGACAUUUACUUCAGAACAGAUCACAGCUCCCUUUCUACUUCCUGAGAUGGUGGAGAGAGUUGCUAGUAUGCUGAAUUACUUUCUGUUACAACUCGUGGGCCCACAGAGAAAAUCUCUAAGCUUAAAAGACCCUGAAAAGUAUGAAUUUCGUCCGAAAGAGUUGUUAAAGCAGAUUGUCAAAAUAUAUGUGCAUUUGGCUAGAGGAGAUAAGGAGAACAUCUUCCCAACCGCAAUCACUAAAGAUGGUCGUUCAUAUAAUGAGCAGUUGUUUAGCGCUGCAGCUGUUGUUCUUAGAAGAAUCGGUGAAGACUCGAGGAUCAUACAGGAGUUUAUUGAUCUCGGUGCUAAAGCCAAAGUUGCAGCAACAGAAGCCAUGGACACCGAAGCUGCUCUUGGAGAAAUCCCUGAUGAAUUCCUCGAUCCUAUUCAAUAUACAUUGAUGAGGGAUCCCGUCAUUCUGCCCUCAUCGAGGAUCACACUCGACUUGCCUGUUAUUCAGCGGCAUCUUCUGAGCGAUAGUACGGAUCCAUUCAACCGUUCUCAUCUAACCGCGGACAUGUUGAUUCCAAACACCGAGCUGAAGGCCAAAAUCGAAGAAUUUGUCCGGUCAUCCAAAAAAUCGAAACAGCAGCGUGAUUUGGGUAUGCAAAGCACAAAAACAACAAUCCAAACAACGGACACUUCAACGUUGAUCGAAUAGGAGGUAGUUUUAGCAUUUCGUUUCCCGAUAUUUGUAAAUUAUAUGCACUCCAGAAUCGUCAUCUUGCCCAAUAUUUUCUUUUCAUGUAUGGAUGACAGAUGCGGAGUAUAUGCUGGAAUAAUAUUUAAUAAUUAGUGUAAUGUCACUAGAUUGAAAUCUUUGGUUCCAUCAACUCUUCUAUUCAAGGCAAUUUAUAUUGUGUGCUUAUA